AUGGCUGCAAUGCUUCAACAUUGUAGCAUCUUGUUGAUUACGUUUAUAAUCAUCGGAAAGGCAGCAAUAGUAGCAGGCACAUUUCAGCCUAGUCCAUGGACUCUUGCCCAAGCCACAUUUUAUGGUGAUGACACUGCUUCUGCCACAAUGGGAGGAGCAUGUGGGUACGGGAAUUUGUUCAUAAACGGUUACGGGACAGACACAGUGGCUUUGAGUUCAACGUUGUUCAAUAACGGGUAUGCAUGUGGUACUUGUUACCAGAUUAAGUGUGUCCAAUCGAGUGCAUGCGACUCCACUGUGCCUUACACUACAGUAACUGCCACCAAUCUUUGCCCUCCUAAUUGGGCCGAGGCCUCUGAUAACGGAGGCUGGUGCAACCCACCACGCGAACAUUUUGACAUGUCCAAGCCCGCUUUCAUGAAAAUUGCACAAUGGAAAGCCGGAAUCAUUCCUGUAAUGUACCGCAGAGUACCUUGUGUGAAGAGUGGGGGGCUACGAUUCUCUUUCCAAGGAAAUGGGUAUUGGUUGUUGGUGUACGUGAUGAAUGUGGGAGGUGGUGGAGAUAUUGCUAACAUGUGGGUGAAAGGAAGUGGAACAAGGUGGAUUAGCAUGAGCCACAAUUGGGGGGCUUCAUACCAAGCAUUUGCAUCACUGGGUGGUCAAACUCUUUCUUUUAAGGGAGGGUUUGGUGGCCAUGACAUGUGCUAUGCUACCAUAGCUGUGGGAUUAGAGCAGCAUUGGGUUGCUUAUGGAGGUGCAUCAAUGAUUAUUAUUUGUGUUGGUGGUGAAGGGAGGGUUUGGUGGCCUGUGGCCAAGACAUGUGUGCAAUGCUACCAUUACAUUAUGGUUACGUAG